CUUUAAAUUUUGGUAUCAGGGGUUCAUGGGCCGGAGUCGGGUGGGAUCCGAUCUGGAUCACCGCCGACAGGAACGAAUCAGAUUCUCAUUUCAUAUUGGCAUAAUUUAUCUCCUUCGCAGUUUUCUACCCAGAAAGAACAAUGAAUCUUUAAUCCAUAAGAAGGAAAACCCUCCAGAUCUAAGCUUUCAUCGUCUCCUUUCUCUUUCAAGCAUGCUGAUUGAUAAAAGAAAAGAAAAUCACUCCAUUGUAGCAUCACUAGAUGAGAAAUACCUUGAAAGAAACCUGUGUGUGUUAGUGAGAAUAAAAAGUUGAGAUGGGAGCAAACUUGAUGGUUUAUGUGAUAUUUCUGCAGCAUGCUGAUUGAUAGUCAUUUUUAAAUCUUAUUAAUAUGUGUAAAUUUUUCUAAAACGGCAAUCAUUUUGGAAUAGAAGGAGCAUAUUUAAAGAAAACAAGCAAUUAACCUUAACAGCUGAACGCAUGAGUCACGACUCUCAUGAGGAGGAAAGAGGGACAUGACAAAAAGGCAGCCAUUCUUCUUCCUUCAAGCACACACUACUCGUGCUUCCAGACGCUCGUGGGACACGGAGAAGUUAAAGAAGAAAUAAUACUCCGUAAUAAAUUAAUACUCAAACUCAUCAAACAAACAAAAGUGUAGAACCUAAUCUGCACCUGCGGUGAUUCGCCUUCUGGGAGCUCCAAAGAGCAUCGCUACCACCGCGUCAAGGACGGCGCCGCCCACAAUAAAGCGCCAGUGACAGUCAACGUCACCGCAAUUUCCGUCGGGCAUACAUAUUCGUGCAAUCACGCGCCCGUUGAUCCUCUCGGCGGGCUUCAAUUUCAUCUCCGGAAUUCCGACUAGUUUCGCUCUAUUUGGUGAGGCCGAGAGAUGGAGGCGACAGAGUGCGGCUCAUCGGUUCUCUAGCACCCAAUUUACUUCCGGGGCUCCUGGUUCUGGGUUAGUGAUUUUGAUGGCGGUGGAGUACAGAUGUUGCGAGACGCAGUUCUUCGUCCACAUCCUUCUGAUCGUUCUUCUGGUUGCUUUUGCCGGAUUGAUGUCUGGACUCACUCUAGGGCUCAUGUCACUGAGCCUGGUUGAUCUUGAAGUUAUUGCCAAGUCUGGAACUCCCCAAGACCGUAAACAUGCCGCAAAGAUAUUACCAGUAGUAAGAAAUCAACACUUGUUGCUAUGCACACUCCUCAUUUGCAAUGCUGCAGCCAUGGAGACACUUCCAAUAUUCCUUGACAGUCUAGUAACAGCUUGGGGUGCUAUCCUCAUAUCUGUCACGUUGAUUCUUUUGUUUGGCGAGAUCAUACCGCAGUCAGUUUGUUCGAGAUAUGGAUUGGCAAUUGGUGCUUUUACAGCUCCCAUUGUCCGCAUUCUUGUCUGGAUAUGCUUCCCAAUUGCAUAUCCUAUUAGCAAGCUGCUGGACUUCCUGCUAGGUCACGAGAAUAAAGCUCUUUUCAGGCGAGCUGAAUUGAAAACGCUGGUUAAUUUGCACGGGAACGAGGCAGGUAAAGGUGGAGAGCUCACACAUGAUGAAACAACUAUAAUUGCGGGCGCUCUUGAGCUUCAUGAAAAAACAGCAAGAGAUGCCAUGACACCUAUAUCUGAAACCUUUGCAAUAGAUAUUAAUGCGACACUGGACAGGGAUAUGAUGAAUAUAAUUUUGGAGAAAGGACAUAGCAGAAUACCAGUCUACUAUGAGCAGCCCACAAACAUUAUAGGCCUUGUUCUGGUCAAAAACUUGCUGACUGUCCAUCCAGAAGACAGAGUUCAUGUGAAAAAUGUUACUAUUCGAAGGAUACCACGGGUUUUGGAAACUAUGCCAUUAGAUGACAUCUUGAAUGAGUUUCAGAAGGGUCACAGCCACAUGGCUGUUGUUGUUCGGCAAUGCGACAAGCAGACACCUCAGACUGCUACUCAAGCCCCAAACAGUGAUGCAGUAGCUGAGGUGAAGGUAGACAUUGAUGGUGAAAGGAAUCCUUUGCAAAAGAGUCUGAAGAUGAAGCGAUCAAUGCAGAAGUGGAAGAGUUUUCCCAACAGUGGUAGUAAUUCACUCAAGGGAUCACGGAGCAAGAAAUGGAUGAAGGACAUGUACGCAGAUAUCUUGCCAAUGGACGGAAACCCUUUGCCAAAACUCCCUGAAGAAGAGGAGGUAGUCGGGAUCAUAACUAUGGAAGAUGUUAUUGAAGAACUUUUACAGGAGGAGAUUUAUGAUGAGACGGAUCACCAGGUGGACGAGUCUUGAUGCUUAAAGAGUUGCUCUUUUUUUUUGUACAAGUUUAGAAGUGAGAUAAGUGUGGCUAAAGUAGCACCUCAAGUGCUCCCAACCAAAGUAGCAGCAGCUGAAGAAGUGCUAGUCCCAGUGGCAGCUAAAGUAUAGCGGGUCAAGUGUAAAAAUUGAAGAAUGAGAACAAUCUUGCCUGAGGUUUUUCGGAUAUGUAAUGGAAUCAUACUUGGAUAAGUUUCAAUCUAUUUGGAUAUCAAAAAUGCUAGGGGUACACUAAAAUGUAGAAAGAAUGAAUGAUGUAUAAAUGGGGUACACCAAAUUGGUGUACCCCUAGCAUUACUCAUCGGGAUAUAUAACAUAUAUGAUAUCGGAUAAUAAAUAUAAUGAAUCUGAAUAAUUUGA